CUCUCUGCUGCUUUGCAUAGUGACUGCGCCUCUGUCUACCUCAGUCCUCAGUCCUCAGACCAAACUACAAACCUCUCACCAUGGCUCAACAACCAAUAAGCCUCCCUGCCAAGCUCAUCAAUGGUGGAGUUGCUGGACUGGUGGGUGUUACCUGUGUGUUUCCCAUAGAUCUUGCCAAGACAAGACUCCAGAACCAAAGAGGAAGCCAACGGGUCUACAAAAAUAUGAUGGACUGUCUGAUAAAGACUGUUCGAUCUGAGGGAUACUUUGGAAUGUACAGAGGUGCAGCAGUCAACCUGACACUGGUGACUCCUGAGAAGGCCAUCAAACUGGCCGCCAAUGAUUUCUUCCGUCAGCGGCUCAGUACGGGAGAGCUCAAGCUGAGCGUGUUUCAGGAAAUGUUGGCUGGCUGUGGGGCAGGGAUGUGUCAGGUUAUUGUCACAACUCCAAUGGAAAUGCUUAAGAUCCAGCUUCAGGACGCAGGACGACUUGUGGCCCAGCAGAGGAAGUUUCCCGUGCUUCACACUGUGAAACUUGGAACAGCCAGUCCAGUCCUGAACUGUUCGUACAGUGUGGGUCCAGUGUCUUCAACCAGAAAAGUGUCAGCCAUUCAGAUUACUCAGGAACUGCUUCGCACAAAGGGCAUCCAGGGACUUUACAAAGGUCUCGGAGCAACCCUCUUGAGGGACAUCCCUUUCUCAGUGGUUUACUUUCCGCUGUUUGCCCACAUCAACAAGCUGGGCAAGACAUCUGAGGACGACGAGGUGCCUUUUUACUGGUCUUUUAUUUCGGGCUGUGUGGCUGGAUGUACAGCAGCUGUGGCAGUCAGUCCUUGUGAUGUUGUGAAAACCCGGCUGCAGUCACUCAAUAAAAGUGCAAAUGAAGACACCUACAAUGGUGUGGCAGACUGCAUCAGAAAGAUAAUGCGCAAAGAAGGCCCAGCUGCUUUUCUGAAGGGUGCCGGCUGCAGGGCGCUGGUCAUUGCUCCACUCUUCGGAAUUGUUCAAGUGGUUUACUUCAUCGGUGUUGGGGAGUUUCUCUUAGGGCAAACUCCAUUUAACCUUUACUCUGUCUAAACUAUGAAACCACCUGAAUUAAACUUUAAAGACCAACGCAGCUAUGAUGCGACUAAAUAUCUGAGAACAAACCAACCUGCUCACAUGACAAUUUGUAUGAGAUGGCAAAAUUGUUCAAAUCUGGGUCAUACAAAUACAUACAACAUAAACCAUCACAGUAAUCUGGAAAAUACCUAUAAAGGUUGAAUGUUUCUAUAUGAACCAAGUUAUAGGAGAUCAUACACUCUCAGAAAAAGUGGUACAAAAGUUGACACUGGGGUUACUAAUAUGUCCUACUUAAAUACUAAUAGGUACUUUUAAGGUACUACUAUGCACUCUUUAGGGCAGGGGUGUCAAACUCAAUUCCUAGAGGGCCGGAUCCCGGCAGAGUUUCGAUUCAAGCCUAAUUAAACACACCUGAUCCAACAAAUCAAGUUCUUCAGGUUUAUUUGAAAACGACAUGGUAUGUGUGUUGGAGCAGGGUUGGAACAAAACUCUGCAGGGCUCCGGCCCUCCAGGAACUGAGUUUGACACCCCUGCUACCCUUUAACGUAAAACACCAGUAACAGAUUUUGUACCUUUUUUUCUGAGCGUAUACAAUUUCGCCAUCUUGCACAAACUAUUAUGUGUUGUAUAAUUAUUUGAGUGUGUUGAAACAAACGGUUGUUGGAGAAGACUGUUAAUGGCUUAGAGUUUAAGUUCACGUCUUUACAUGCUACCUUUAACAUAUUCAACUGGCUUAUUCAGGAAGCUAUAUCAUUGCACAUGAUUAUGUUUCUUUUUCUUUUGGAAAUGUAUGGUCAGAGACAGUCAGAUUUAUCCUCAGUGAGGGUUGAUUUGAAAGCAUACGGCCAUGACUCAUGCACUCAAAGGGUCAGAAAAUCCUUUUUUUAAUACUUGUGUCCUCCAUUACCAGUUGUGUCCUACCUUUCUUGUGACGUUUUGUAUGCACAAUAUUACGGAGGACAUUAAUGUGGACAUUAGCGUGGAGAUACACCUGUGAGGACAUUGUUAUACAAUAUACACGACUCUGAAGAGACACACGCAGAGACAGGAUGUUUGAUUCCUGCUGAAGUGAGGUUUUACUUUUACAGAAUUAAAAGACAUUCUGUUUAACCUAA